UUAUUGCUCACGCAGGGGCCCCGCCGAGGAACGAGGCAGGGGAAGCGGGAGCAAUGUGUGUUCGCGAUGAAUGGGCUGGAGUUGCCGUACAAACAAGUACAAAUCACGGAACGCAACGCAACAAAAAAGCGCUCCGCGCCUUUCGGCGCGCGCAGCGCGUUCAAACUUUGGGAUAAUGCUCUGAAACUCUGCAUGGGAGCACGUUCGGGUAUGAUGAGAUAGCUAGCGAAUUUUCACGAAAAUCCGCCGACCCCAAGUGACAGAUCUACGUUCC